CAAAAUUUACUAGUUCAUGGUUCAGUCGUGCAAAUUGAACAUCGUUUGAAAUAUUUUGUUAACAAUUGAAGCACGAGGAACCAUUGUGAAUCAACAACAAUGCUUGCAACGCCAACAGUUCAUAAAUUAGUCGAUAGUUACGAAAAUCUUCAUUGGAAUCGACGACAAAUGUCUCCAAAUCAAUCGUCAGAACAUAAAGAUCAUGAACCAAAGAAAAAUUGCAGUUUGAAUUACAUAAAACCACAGACUGAUGAAGAACCAUCAAAAGAAACUGCUUGGUUUGAAUCUUUGGCAAGUCGAAGACAUUUUGAAAAAUUUUUACGGGACACCGUGGAAGUUUUAAUUAAUCAUGGACUCUUCGAAGCAGUAGAUAGAAAAACUAAAGUCGUAGAAUGGAUAAAUCCCGAAGAAAUGAAACAAAAGAUUGAUUUUAAAUUAAACGCGUUGCCAGAAAAUGAGGGUAAAUUAAUGGAUUUAAUUAAAAAUAUCAUAAAAUAUUCUGUGAAAACCGGUCAUCCAUAUUUUGCGAAUCAAUUAUUUUCGAGUGUUGAUCCCUAUGGAUUGGUUGGCCAAUGGUUAACGGAUGUGUUAAAUGCAAGCGUUUAUACAUAUGAAGUGUCACCAGUGUUUACGAUGAUGGAAGAAGAAGUUUUACGUGAAAUGAGAAAAAUUGUUGGCUUUCCAAAUGGUGAAGGUGAUGGUCUGUUUUGCCCUGGCGGUUCUAUAGCUAAUGGCUAUGCGAUUAGUUGUGCUAGAUAUAAAUUUUUCCCCGAUGUUAAGACUAAAGGACUUCAUUAUCUCCCACGUCUUAUAUUGUUUACAUCCCAAGAUGCUCAUUAUUCAAUAAAAAAACUGUCGUCUUUCAUGGGUUUGGGUACCGAUAAUGUUUUCUUAAUAAAAACUGAUUCUGUUGGGAAAAUGUCAAUGGAACACUUAGAAUCUGAAAUACAACGUGCGCUAAAUGAAGGAGGCGUUCCAUUUAUGGUAAGCGCAACCGCUGGUACUACAGUACUUGGCGCAUUUGAUCCAUUAAAUGAUAUUGCUAAUGUGUGUGAAAAACAUGGGAUGUGGUUCCAUGUAGAUGCAGCCUGGGGAGGUGGAGUUUUAAUGUCAGAUAAAUAUAAACAGCGUAUAAAAGGAAUAGAAAGAGCGGAUUCAGUUAUUUGGAAUCCUCAUAAGUUAUUAAGUGCUCCACAACAAUGUUCCACAAUGUUAACACGUCACAAAAAUCUGUUAGGCGAAGUACAUUCAUCAAAUGCCACUUACCUGUUUCAAAAGGAUAAAUUCUACGACACACAAUAUGACACUGGCGAUAAACACAUUCAAUGUGGACGCCGGCCUGAUGUUUUGAAAUUCUGGUUUAUGUGGAAAGCAAAAGGUUCAUUAGGUUUCCAAAAACAUAUUGAGAAAGUAUUCGAUAAUGCUGAAUAUUUUACAAAUUUAAUACGAAAACGAGAUGACUUCAAAUUGGUAUUAGAGAACCCAGAAUGUACAAAUAUUAGUUUCUGGUAUAUUCCACCGUCACUAAGAGAUAAGAGUGAAAAUGAUUCUGAUUAUAAUGAACAGUUACAUAAGAUUGCACCUAAAAUUAAGGAACGUAUGAUGAAAUCAGGUUCCAUGAUGGUCACAUAUCAACCAUUGGGUGUAUAUCCAAAUUUCUUUAGAUUUGUCAUGCAAAAUUCCGGUUUAGAACAUUCUGAUAUGCAAUAUUUUGUCGAUGAGAUUGUACGAUUGGGUCAAGAUUUAUAAUUUUGUAUUUAAUACUUGUAAUACGUAAUAUGAUUUAUUUAUUGUGAUAUAAUUGUAAGAUUAUUUAUCUGUAUCUGAUAUUUUUAAAGAGUUUAAAAGAAACGAAUAAAUUUUAACUCAGUGUAGCCUUAAA